GCGUAGAACCUUAUCGUAACCCCCGAUGCUUCUGGGAACUAUGGAAGUGACCUCCCCCAUCUCCUUCGCCUCCCCGAAACCCCAUUUCCCCUUCAUUCUCUCCUCCCCUUCCUCCUCCUCCUCCUCCUCCUCCUCCUCCUCUUCUCCCUCCUCCACCUCCUCUCUCCGCCUCAGAUUCCCACCUCGGCCAUUGACGACCCUCGUCGCCUCCGCACGGAGCUCGCUCCGCCUCUCCUCGCCCCUCGCCGUCGCGGAAACCCUAGAACAAGCCGCGGCGGAAGCUUCACCCUCGCAGCAGCCGCCGCCGCCGCGUGGGGUUCAGCAGAGGAUCGAUAAGAGCGGGAGGUUUUCUAGCCCCAGAGCCGCGCGGGAGCUUGCUCUGUUGAUUGCUUAUGCGGCGUGCUUGGAAGGGACUGAUCCUGUUCGGCUUUUCGACAAGAGAGUGAAUGCUAGAAGAGAGCCUGGAUUUGUUUUUGAUAAGGCCUCACUCUUAAAGUACGAUCACAUGAGUUUUGGAGGGGCACCAGUUGAGGUGGGAACAGAAGAAGAGGCAGAGGAGUUGAUGCUCCAGAACGAAAGGGAUUCAGCUAAUGAAGCAGAAGUUCUUUCAGCUCCGCCAAAGCUGGUGUACAAUCGAUUUGUUCUACGUUUCGCGAGGGAAAUUUUGGAAGCUGUUGCUAAUGGGUGGGAUCAGCAUGUUCUUGUUAUCAACAAAAUAACUCCCCAAAAUUGGAAGGAUGAGCCUGCGGCAAGGAUAUUGGAAUUCUGCAUUCUUCAUCUUGCUAUGGCAGAGAUAACAGCCAAAGGAACGCGGCACCAAAUUGUCAUUAAUGAGGCAGUUGAUCUUGCAAAGCGUUUCUGCGAUGGCGGAGCCCCUCGGAUUAUCAACGGGUGCCUUCGAACAUUUGUGAAAGAUUACAGCAACACACCUACUUUUCGGCCUUCAGAACCAACACCUUAAGGCUUCGGAAUAGCUUUAUACGGCCGAAAACAAAGAAUAUGAAGACAACAAAGAGAAUUAUUAAGAAUCUCAUCCCCUUCGGCAAUCGCCAACAGUUUAUUACUUGUAUUUAACUGUGAUGAUGACCCUGAGAUGGAAAUUACAUUCUUUAUUAGAAUGUAACAUGUAAGACGUGCUUAGUCAGCUUAUUCUUCAGUGUUGUAUAUCUUAAUAGCUUAAUAUCAGAAAACAAUUUUGGUAUUUAUAUGCAAUUUUAUGUAAUUGCAGGUUCUUUCA